GGUGGGUCGGAGCCGCUGUCUGUGGUCCCCCACGUUCCCCUCGAAAUUUUCUGUUUUAAUUUAGAUGCCCUGUCCCCAAUUCGGCCUUUAGCGAUACCACGCAAAGCUCAUCACUGGGCACAUCAAAACUGACGUUAGAUUAAUUAUUUCUAGGAAAUUAUAACAUUUAUCCAGAAAAUGGCGGUGGUAAGCGGGUUGGCUGGGCCGGCUGUUGCCCGGCUCGAGGGCCGUGAAUUCGAAUACAUGAUGAAAAAGCGCUCGGUAACCAUCGGGAGGAACUCCUCGCAGGGAUCGGUGGAUGUGAGCAUGGGACAUUCAAGCUUCAUAUCCCGAAGACAUCUUGAAAUUUUCACAGCCGGCGAGGAUGGUACUGGCAGCGGUGACUUCUACCUGCGUUGCCUUGGCAAAAAUGGGGUGUUUGUGGAUGGGGUGUUCUUGAGGCGAGGUGCACCACCUCUUCAGCUACCCAGAGUGUGCACCUUCCGCUUCCCCAGUACCAACAUCAAGAUUUCCUUCACAGCGCUGUCUAGUGUUAAGAGGGAGAAGCGCGAGGCCCCAGAGUCGCCCAUCAAGCCCAUACAGCCGCAGAUCUCCCCCCUCACCAUCAACAUCCCCGACAACAUCGCACACCUCAUGAGCCCCCUGCCCUCCCCUACAGGCACCCUCAGUGCGGCCAACUCGUGUCCGUCCAGUCCCAGGGGGGCGGGCUCCUCGGGCUACAAGAUAGGCCGCAUCACUGCCUCCGACCUGCAGCUGAUGGGAGACAACUCCCAGUCAGAGAACGACAAGGAGGCUUCAGGAGGAGACAGUCCUAAGGAUGACUCUAAACCCCCGUACUCGUACGCACAGUUGAUAGUCCAGGCCAUAACGAUGGCCCCAGAUAAGCAGCUGACACUAAACGGCAUCUACACGCACAUCACCAAGAACUACCCCUACUACAGGACCGCAGACAAGGGCUGGCAGAACUCCAUUCGGCAUAAUCUGUCGCUCAACCGAUACUUCAUCAAGGUGCCGCGCUCGCAAGAGGAGCCGGGCAAGGGUUCGUUCUGGCGCAUCGACCCCUCGUGCGAGGGCAAGCUAAUCGAGCAGGCCUUCAGGAAACGACGCCCACGGGGCGUGCCCUGCUUCAGGACCCCACUCGGACCCCUCUCAUCCAGGAGUGCCCCAGCCUCUCCAAACCACUCGGGUGUUCUCUCGGCCCACUCCAGUGGGGUGCAGACCCCAGACAGCCUAUCACGCGAGGGCUCCCCCGUUCCUGCUGACUCUGAGCCCGCCCCUGCCCCGCCCCCACCCACAGCCGUGCAGCCCAAACUCUCAGUCAUACAGGAAGCACACUUUGCCCAGAGCACCACAGGCUCUCCGCUGGGCAGCCAGCCGGUGCUGAUCACGGUGCAGCAUCAGGCGGUGAAGCCGGUGACGUACGCGGUGGCCACCCCGGUCAGCUCGGUGGGGGGGGGCGGGGGCCAGCAGCAGGGCCAGCAGCAGCCGGGGGUGGGGGUAGGGGCGGGGGCGGCGCAGCUCAUGCAGACGGUGCACGUGGUGCACCAGAUCCCGGCCGUGACUCUCGCCACCCUCUCCCCCGCCGCCACCGCAGCCUACACAGCCACCGCAGCCAGCAACGCCGUCACCAUCACCGCCGCCAAGACGGAGCCACAGCAGAACGGGGACCACACGGAGGCCAAAGUGAAAGUGGAGAGCAUGCCCACCAUCACCCAUGCGGCGCUGGGCACGGCAGCGGGUCGCCUCCUCCAGAGCAGCCCCGGCGGCGGUGGCCAGCCCCUGCAGACGGUCACCAUCCUCCAGCAGGCCCCCCUGGGCCAGCACCAGCUGCCCAUCAAGCCCAUCACACAGAACGGCACGCACGCCCUGCCCAUCGCCACUGCCAUCCAGACCACCGCCAGCCCAGGAGCCACGGCGGUAGCGAGUCCGCUGCACCUACUGGCCACGCACGCGUCCGCCUCGGCCUCGCUCCCCACCAAGCGGCAGAAUGGCGAGAGGGACUCCCCCACCGCCGCGCAGCCAGACGCCAAGCGCCUCAAGACGGAUACCGACGCCACCGCAGCAGAUUCCAACGGAGCUGGCGCGUUGGUGGCAGGAGCGCCCCCUCCUGGAGAUGGCAACACAGCCACGGCAGCAGCCAGCGAGUAGUAGUGUAGUUUAGUUUCUUCUCAAAUUACCCCCACGUCCACCCACUCACCUAGACACACACUCACACAUGCACAUACAGCCUCUCUUUCACGUACAGCCACAACUACUUAAUCUACACACACACACACACACACACACACACACACACACACACACACACACACACACACACACACACACACACACACACACACACACCUCGUACGGCACUACUUCUCUUUUUACCCUGUUCCGAAUCACUCUUUCCUUCCCAAAUGUCUUUCUCUCUUUUUUUUUUUUAUAGAUGAUCAUUAUUAUUAUUAUAAUUAUUAUUAUUAUUAUUAUUAUUAUUAUUGUUGUUAUUUUCCAUUCUCCUAUUCUUCCUACCACCUAUCUUCCAUCGACCUUUCAAGGUGCCAAACGGAGAAGCAUUUUAGUUUUUAAUUUUCACGUUGGGGGAAAAAAAACUAUUCCAAGGCCCCAGGACAACUUAAUUGUGAAAAAAAUGAAACCGUUGUGUGUUUUUGUUUUGUUUUGUUUUUCCAUCACAUGAAAAAGAAGACAAGGGAGAUGAGGAAAAGAAACACCUCAGACGUCAAACCGAAUCCUAACCUUCCCACUCCCGCACGCACACACACACACACAAACACACACACAGACACCCUCCCCAUCAAAUGCCCAUGCUACCCAUCACACUGCUGCAGUUCACCGGGCCAGCCAGGGCUGAGGGCUCCCUGAGCAGAGUGUUGCUGGCAGGGAUGCCUCUCGUGAGCUGGAUGUGAAGGCUGCCGUUAGUGGGAUGGGAAGGGUCACCACCCAACCUGAAACCAAACCCCAACCGCCGUGCCCCACCUGCCCCACCCCCUCCGCUCCAUUACGUUCUGAGACCCACCUCACCCAACAUCCCCUCCCUCCCGCCCCACCCAUUAUUCACACCCAAUAGAUACCACAGGCCAUCGCCCCCCACCCACACCAGGACAAAAGAAAACAGGGGGCCAACUAGUAGCAUUUUCUUUAUUUUGAUAAAACGGCAACUUCUCUUAUCUCUACAUGACAAAAGGUUCAGAACCCACCAAACCGGAACUUUAAAUGGUCAGAACUGGAACCGUGUAGAAUCCGAACCGGAACUCUAAUGCAUUCGGCUCAAAGGGAUCAAACGCAUCAGUUUUUUUUCCUCUGCGCGUUGUGGCAGCUAGCCGAUUUCAUGGACAGAAUAAACUGUACCACUUCCCACCCUCCACAGCUCCCUCGGUCGCAGCUUUUUAAAGUAGAGAUGCAGUAUUUUGUUUGUUCAAACAUGAAACAUAGGAUCCUCUUUUUUGUUGUUUUUGUUGUACAUUCACCUCUAUAGAGCAAAAAAAAAAAGUAACAACAACCACAAGAAGAAUAAAAAAACGGUCCUAUUUGCAAGAAAACAAAACGAUAGUGGUGGCACAUUGACAUUUAAAAAAAGACUUUAAAAAACACAACUUGCAGCAUUUGUAUGUGGACUCAAUGGUUUUAAUUAAUCUUUUUUUCAGUUCGAUGAAACAAGAGUGUAGUUCCUUUUCUAUGAUAAAAAAUAACCAUUUAUUGGAGGUCUUUUGUUGUUUAGUUGGUUUUUUUGUUAUCACCGUUGCUGCCGAAAGGGGAUCGGUCCUGUGUUGUUACACUUCCCUACAUGUUUUCAUACUUGCACAGUAACUGAGAUAAAAAGCAACAUUAUUAUGUGAUUGCCAUGUGUAGUUAUUGGGCCGCUUCGUUGAGCUUGCAUGUACCAGACUAGAGAAGUAAACUGAGCCGACAACUAUACAUUUAACCCAAACAGAAGAAGAAGAAGAAGAAGAAAACAAACAAAAAUACGAAAACAACCUGCUUCUAAUCAGACCGAUCUGCACUUGAUUUAAUGUUCUUGUUUUUUUUUUUUUUAUGACUUUGGUUUUUUGUUUUUUUGUUUACUUCCCUCUGCGGUUGUUUUCCUUGGCUGUUGUUGGCUCUGUGGUGUUAGCAGACUCGUGCUUGAAGUUCCUUUAUCCCCCCCCCUCACCUCCGUAUUCCUCCCUUUCCCAUCUCUCUACUCUCCUCUCUGUACCCUCUUCUCCUCUCCUCUCUCCUCCCUCUACUCUCCUCUCUCCUCCCUUCUUUUCUGUUAUCCUGCUCCGGCAAGUCUGUCCUCAAGAUUGUAUGUGUUCACUUUGCGAAAGGCAAAAAAAUAAGCGGUCAAUGUUUGUUCUGCUUCAGUGGGUUAAAAAAAAUGCUUUUUUUUAUAAAUUAAUUUAAAAACCUUA